AAUUUGUCCCAACAGGGUUCCGUACUUACUCCAGAACUCAGGAGAAAACAUGGCGGCCGCCAUAGCGAGAAGGAUGUCUGCGCUGCUGAGGCCGCUGUCGGGCUCUCUGUGUUCAAAGGCACCGCAGCUCUGUCGGUCCUCCAGCCUCGUCCGGCUUCCGCCUGUCUGCCUCGCUGCCGCAGCCGCGGUCCGCGCUCCUCUGCGGGCUGCAGCGAGCCUGACGCCCCGCUACAACAUCCUACAACGGGUAUCGCCACUCAUUCUCAGUCUGACUCAACAACCAAGCAGAAGUCUGACGUAUGUCAGUCUGAAGAAGGGCAAGAGGAAGACUGUUAAAUCUGUGACGGACCGGUUCAUGAGGCUGCAUUGUGGCCUUUGGAUCAGACGCAAGGCUGGCUACAAGAAGAAACUGUGGAAGAAGAAUGCUCCCCGACGAAAGCGCCUGCGGGAGCAUGUGUUCUGCAGCAAAACACAGACCAAGCUUUUGGAUAAAAUGACGACCUCUUUUUGGAAAAGGAGGAACUGGUUUCUUGAUGAUCCAUACCUGAAAUACCACGAUAGGGUCAAUUUCAAACCGUAAUUUGCUUCGUCAUGUAGCGACAUCUUGUUUUCAGUUUUGAAUAUAAUGUAUUAAUGUUACAUAUGUAAUAAAAUCAUAUGUAUUCUUUACUUUUAAAUGCCGUUUUAAGAUGAACACAAAAAAGAUCAACACAGUUAAAGUCUUGCUUCAUAUUUAAUGGCUCGAUUUAAACAGAAAUAUUUCACCUAGUUUGAACAAUAAACGGACAAAUGAACCAUCAUGGUACCACUUC